AAUACGAAGACGUACUCAUGGUAACAGUGCUUAGUCGCCUUCACAAGGUGUCUCCGGAAACCUUUGUAAACCCGUGCUCUAGAGCGGAAAGCGUAUUCCUUUGGAUACCCUGUCAAUACGUUGUCGACCUAUUCUUUCUGGAGGGCCCUGCUUGCCGCUCGGCGAUCGGCGAUCUCACAAAAUGGCAGGGAAAUUCUUGUAUGGGAGAUAUGCAGUUGAAGCCCCAAGACUGGAACGGGACUCUGGCCAGGGACAACAUGUUCGGCGAAAUGCCUCAGACACCCGGACGUUUCUUUUUUGUGUGGAAUUGAAAAGAUCCAAUCUGAAGUCUAGGCGUGGUGUUACAGGAGAACUCCUUCACAAGGAGCCUUGCACCUGGGAUGAAUUCUUCAGCAGAUGCAGGCGAUAAACUGAAGCUGCAGGUACUCUGUUGUCUGAAAUGUAAAUCCAUCCAUAUGGUGUUCACUACUGCUUUGACCAAUCUUGCUAAAAUUCAUUGAAUUAUUUUUUGAAAGAUCGAAUUCGUUGAAUUAUUUUGCUUAGCUGCCAUUCACGUUCACAUUGUCUUUAUAGGCUGAGGUUUAACUUGACAAGAGUUUUUUUAUGUUCCUGACUUUUUUGUUAACUAGCAAUUCAUCAUAUCAGCAGUUUAAUGCUGCAACUUCAUCAUGGUAUCCAUGUUUGCCAGGCAUCUUCAAGAAAAAGAAUAAUAUCUGACUCCUCCCAUUUUUCUUAUAUAUUAGUUGAACUGAAAGUACCAUUCUCCAACCAUGACAACCUCCAAGCAGAACAGCUAAUAUUUCACUAAUAGGAUGGAACAGCAAUGUGUUCAAUGUGAACAUCCAUGUGCUGAUGGGAUCUCUGAGUAGCUGUAGUGUCCUCAACCUAUCGAUCAGCAUUGUAGAGUUCGUCACCAUAUCAACUUCUUGAUUACAGAAUUUUAUUAAUCGAUUCAUGCACGCUUAGUGGAGACAAUGGGAGCUAAACCAGACAGAGCAUCUGAUGAAUCUGUAGAUUUUGAUAACUCAAGUCGGAAGAUUCAGUAUGCUUCGUUUAGUUCUUCCUUAUCUGAUGACACAUGAGAGUCAAUUACCAAGUAAACCAUUAGAAAAUUGCAAUGAUGAAUCUAGUCUUUGCCUCUCUGUGUCCUUCCUCCCUGCUUCCUAAUACACUAAGAUAGUUCAUUAGUCCAAAUGUGAAAUUAGUUUGCAAUUAGUAGGUCCUAAGUAGCUAGGUAAUAGACUGCUAAUAAAGUAAGCUUUGAAGAUCUUCUAUAUCUUAUUUUUAAGCAAAAGGGCUGGUUGACCUAGGCUGUCUGUCAAAGUACAGCAGAAUGUCCCAAUUCAGGACUUCCUACUUGCCAACCAUUUUCUGGAGGUGUGUGCUAUGCCAUGCUAUUCAAAAGAAAGUACACAUUUAUAUAUUUUCUGCGCUAUGGAUAUGGCAGCAAUGGCCAUGCUUAAAGUUCAGAGAACAAGGAAAUUAAUGAUUGGUUGGAUGAACACUAACCAAGGACCACUUUGAACGAUUCAUCUUAAGAUCCGCGGAAGCGACACAGGAAACAAUGUUCAUGCAUAUGCUGGCAAUGGCGCCUACACGAUUAGCCUGUCAAAAUGCAGUGCAUUGCAUGACAGGAUCUCAUAUCAGAUUUGAUGAUCUCUGAUCGAGUUCUUGGAGUGCCUGCAGAGAAACAUAUAUCUUCUUGGGAGAAAAAGGAGAAUGAUAAAAUAAGAGAUUAAAAAUAUGAUUUUUUUUUCCCUUGACCUGAAAAGAUUGGGGCAAUCAUUCCUACAGUAGUGAUAGAGAUGGCCCAGUACAAUGUAAGCAGUCCUUUUUACAUUUUCACCUCUCCUUAUAUAUAGGGGAGUAGAGGGACCCUCAGCCUGAGCUCACUACUACUACUACUACGCCUCUUCACCUUUUCAAUUUUUCAACCCCCUCCAUGCUUACACUGUCACUGUAGCGCAUGCAAGAGUGGUAAAAAGACGUUGCCCGUAGCAGUUUAGGACGGUGUGGUGUUGCUGCCUACACCUUCAGCUACCUCCUAGCUCUAGCUCCUCUCAUCCAUCAGAGCUACUCCAUUCUUUCCUAGAAGCAAGAUAGCGUCGUCGCUUCCAUUGCAUCAGCUGCUUCCAUUGCUAGAUAGCUAUCUAGCUCUAGCUAGCUCGUUGGUUCUUGCCUGCUUGCACCGGCCGUCAUCAACCAUGCAGGAGCAAGCUGCUGACGCUGCUGGUAAUAGCCCUAGCAGGCGGGAUCAGAACUCGGGCGCCGGUUGUUGCCUCGUGCGUGGCCCCAUCAUCGUCGGCGCCGGGCCGUCGGGCCUCGCCGUGGCGGCGGCGCUGAGCCGGCACGCGGUGCCCUUCACCGUGCUGGAGCGCUCCGACGGCAUCGCCGACCUGUGGACGAACCGCACCUACGACCGCCUCCGCCUCCACCUCCCCAAGGUCUUCUGCGAGCUCCCCCACGUCGGCUUCCCGGCCGACUUCCCCACGUACCCGACCAAGCACGACUUCCUCCGGUACCUCCGCUCCUACGCCGCGCGCUUCGCCGUGUCCCCGCUGUUCGGGCGCACGGUGACCCGGGCGCGGUUCGACGCGGCGGCGUCGCUCUGGCGGGUGACGGCAGUGUCGGCCGAGGACGGCGGCCGAGCGACCGAGUACGUGUCGCCGUGGUUGGUGGUGGCCAGCGGCGAGAACGCCGAGGUGGUCGUGCCCAAGGUGAAGGGGAGGGGGAGGUUUGCCGGGGAGGUGCUGCACUCCAGCGCGUACAGGAGUGGCGAGAGGUUCAAGGGCAUGAGGGUGCUCGUCGUGGGGUGCGGCAACUCCGGGAUGGAGAUGUGCUUGGAUUUGUGCGAGCAUGGUGCAAUGCCCUUCAUGUCUGUCAGGAGCGGGGUGCACGUCCUACCAAGAGAGAUGUUUGGGACGUCAACGUUCGGCAUCGCCAUGAAGCUGCUCAAGUGGCUGCCGAUCAAGCUGGUGGAUAGGUUCCUGCUCCUCGUCGCCAAGAUGGUCCUGGGGGACACGGAGAAGCACGGGCUGAGGCGGCCCAAGCUGGGCCCGCUGGAGAUCAAGAACAUCACCGGCAAGAGCCCUGUUCUCGACGUGGGAGCAUGGUCAUUGAUCAAAUCUGGAAACAUCAAGAUCGUGCCAGAGGUCGAGUCAUUCACCGGCGGCAACGGGGUGAGGUUCGUGGACGGCAACGAGAUGGACUUCGACGCCGUCAUCUUCGCCACCGGCUACAGAAGCAACGUCCCUUCCUGGCUCAAGGAUAGCGAGCUGUUCACGGAGGACGGCAAGGCAAAGGCUCAGCAGCCGGCGAGCAGCUGGAGGGGUCCCAACGGGCUGUACUGCGUGGGAUUCUCCGGCCGGGGCCUGCUCGGCGCUGGCGCGGACGCCCUGAGCGCCGCCGCCGACAUCGCCGGGAGGUGGCAGGCGGUGGCAGCGGCAGCAGCCGCGGCUGGAGCCAAGAUCUCCUCGGUGUAAUCCACAGGGCGCGCAUGCAUCAUGCAUGGUGGUGUGGAGACUGUCCUGCCGAUGAGCAAGCUGCUAUGCUAAGCAUCAUGUAUGUAGCAGGGAGGGAGACUGAUGACUGGGCCGGCACGGUGUGGAGCAAGCGAUGAGCACUGAUGGCGCUGUGCGCUGCCGCGUGCUGAAACAGCAGCGGGCUCCCCGAUCCAGUCCUGGUGCUGCGCAGAGCACAGAUGGGUUUGUGUGUUGUGUGUGUAUAUGGGGACUGGGGAGGACGACGGAGGAGGAAGAGGCCGCUGGGUGACCGGCCGGUGGCCUGUACGUGUAUGGUGUAUGUGUGCAGGGGGCCGGGGCUGUGACAAAAUUUUGGCAUAGGACGUCGAUUGUCUCAUGUACCCGUGCGUGCACAUAGGGACGAAAUAGUGCAGGCGUCUUUUUUGUCCAAGGAUGCCAGGCCGUGAUGUCGUCCGCAUUACGUCCCCGAUUCCAACACCCCUUUUGUUUGCCUGUCCCCA